AUAUAUAUUGAGAGAGAGCUGAAUCAAAAAAUGGAAAAGGUGAAGCAAUCAUGAGUUCCGACGAUGAUGAUCAAAGCAGCAGCAGCAGCUUCAGCCCCAGCCGUAGGAUCUUGAUCAUAUCGAUCAUUUCCUUACUGGUUAUCACAAUCCUCAUCGUCAUGCUUCAUCUCUACUCGCGAUAUCUUCGACGACGACAACUUCGAGAGAUCAGACAACGCCGUAACACGCUCAAUCGUCUUAUAAGCGCUCAAAUCGCGCCGGACGUACCGAAUUACAGGGACGACGACCCACCCAAGAUCGGGCUCAACCCAUCAGUCAUAGCAUCACUGCCUAGGCUCCCGUACAAGUCAACCAGUGAUCAAAACAGUGAAUCGAUCGUAGAGUGCUCGGUUUGUUUGGGGAACAUAAUCGAUGAGACUCCCGUUAGGCUUUUACCAAAUUGUAAGCACAUGUUUCAUGUAGAGUGUAUUGAUGUGUGGCUUGCUUCCAACACCACCUGUCCAGUAUGUCGGACCACGGCGGAGCCCAUGAAAGUCCAGCCGGAGGAGAAUAAACUGGGCCCAGACAAGGCCCAACCGUCGGCUCCACCUAUGGACCAAAAUGGGUCGGGUUCGCGGAUAAGCUCGUUUAGAAGGAUGCUUAGCAGGGAUAGAUCGAGGGUCCAGAGUCGUGGAGAUGACGUGUGUGUUGAAGAUUUGGAGAGGCAGUGACGUGUCUGUCUCUCAGUAUUUCUUGUAGGUAUAUAUUUAUGCGUGUUAUGUUGAAUUUGAUUGUUAAUUAAAAUUAAUUAUGCGUAGAAGUAGAAUUAAUUGUUGGAAAAUUCAAUUUUGUGGGAUUUGAGUUGCAAAUACUGGUUUCUGUAUCAGUAGUGCUAGGUAACUCAUAUAAUUAUAAUUUA